AUGUUGCGCCCGGCUCUGGAGAUCAGAAGUGGAAGUCGCUGUGACUACAACCAACGGCAUCUUAGAAAAUUUGGCGACCAGGAGGGAAAAUCGGACACCAUGCCACUGCCCGCCGCGCAAACGAGGCGAAGACAAUUCAGAUUUGACGAAGGACUGAAUCUUCUUUUUGACGAUCGAGCUGAUGAGGUGAUUCAAUACGAGGAGAAAAUCCAGAAGAUCCUCCAGAAAGGGAUAAAGCCCGAUCGUUUGAUAGGGCUCAGAGUCACGACAAGAUUGGACAGGAUUCUGAAAGAAACCGAAGGUCCAGAUGGUAACCUGGUCGGGGAAUCGAUCAGAACGACCCCGAUUAGAGACGACAGCAGACCACUUCUAUUUCCUUUCCUCCUUCUAGAGGCUAAGUCGGAAAAAAGUUCAGAUGGGUUCUCUAAGAUAGACUCACAGUCCGGAUUUGGUCUUCGUAAUUUGCUUCAGCUCCAGCGCAAUCUUGAGCACGCUACAAUUGAAAACCGACAAUCCGGGAUGAAGCCCCUUGUUUGGUACUUGGCGUAUAGAGGAGAGGUAUGGCGCCUUUCAGGUGCCUACGUGGAAGAAACGAACAAAGAUUCUGAACCAAACUACCGCAUACUGCAAUUGUGGGAGGGAAACAUCAACUAUGAAAAACAUGCGCUUCAAUUACUUUUGAUCAUUGAUUACAUAUUCGACUGGGCGCGCGAUGUAUAUCGCAGAGACAUCAUCAGUGGCUUACUGUCUUUAGCCACGAAUGCCUCGCACAGUCUGGUUGCAGAUACCGAUGUCGGCAGCUUACACAACGAUUUUCCUCCCUUUGUCGAUGUCGAUAUCGAUGAACCUACUAUAGGUAACGACAUCGAACAGAUUGAGCCUUUCGCCGUCCCUCACUUGCUAAGAUUCUUCGACCACGAAAAUCUUGCGUUUCGUGAUGCUAGAUAUAUGACAUACAAAGUGUGGGCUCUCCACGUUACUUUGGAAAACCUCGACCAGUUCCUAAGCAAAAUGGACACCACAGAAAAGGCAAAACAACUUGCGAGGCAACUAUGGAGGUCGGUACGCGGUCAAGGGACAUGGUCUGUCACUGCAGACUGUCUCAACGCUGUUGAAAAGCUGUGGACGGGCCAGGAUCGAGAAUCACAUACUUUCCAGAACCCGGAACAGCGAUUUCUGGCAUCCUUUGCAGUGGACUCUUACUUCACGGACGGCGGUAACCGUGGAAUGGUCAGACUUGACCUGUGGAAUCAGGUUCACACCCUGACAUACGUUGCAAUAGCCCAGGACGCGUUGCAAGCUCUAAGAGAGAGAACAAAGUUUAAUCCUCGCUCUCUACAUCUAGACAUCGCAGAUUGCCCCAUGAUACCUACGGAAUGCGUUGUGGAUCUAUUCAAAAGUGUGCGAUUUUCAUCGGUUCGACAGUGCUUCGCAGCUGCCAUUGCCAGAUCUCGGCUGUCUUCUGGAUCUCGACCGAGGUCACAGGGCGAUCUAUACAGUUUCCCAGCAUGCCCAACCCGGCAUGGAUUGGUCCGCUACUUUACUCCGAUCUUGACAACACCUCAAUAUUCAGGCAGUGCGAGUCCAGCAGAAUUGCUUAAGAGAAUAUACAAGCUCUUGAAGAUUGGAAUGGCCGAACCGUCUGAGAGCUUUCUGCGCGUUUCCCAACAGUCCGUUAAGCACGAAACGGAAGUGACUUGCUCUAGACGAAUGACUCGGUCGAGAAGAACCCGGAAAAUGCUUGGGAAAUCCAAUGCUGUGCUUGUGAAGGGAAUUGGUGCUGAAACCAAGGAUGGCGAAAAACAUGACCUGGCCUGGUACUGUCUUUUCGUCUUUGAUACUCCUUCACCUAGUGACAAUGAAAUAACGGACCCGUUCGAGAAGCUGGGAGUCUUUCGGGGCACACUGCGCACAUUCUUCAAUGUCAGGCUGCGAGAGUGUAAUUUCCGUGAUACAAAGUGUGGAGGAACUGAGGAGUUACGACAUAGCCUCGAGAUUUUGGAACAUGUCUCGACGCAAUAUCAGUUGAUUCAGUCAAUGGACACAAACAUUGGUCCCGACAAUGCUCCAGACUGGAUUCAACAGAAAUGCAAAGUCCUCGCAUACCCCAGCGUCAAGUGGCCGUAUACCUUUUCCGACACCAUGGACGGCAUCAAACAAGUCAGUGAGUCAUAUGGCUUCAGUCAGACUCUACAUUACCUUAUUGUUGCCUUUCAAACUAUUCUGUCGCCUCAGAACCAGUUGUUUGAGUUCAGGGGGGAACUGGCUCUCCUCGAAGAGCGAGUAAGGAAAGAUCUUCCAGUCGACUCCUCUGCAUCGAUCCCACUUUCCACUGUCCAGUAUUACGCCGAUCCGCAACUAGUCACAUUCAUCGAGGAUACAGAAGAUGACAUGGAAAGACGAGCUAGUUCUUCGUCAGACACUGACAGCAGCAUUGAAGUCAUUGCAAGACCAACGAAUCGCAAGCGACGACGAGAUGAAAGGUGA